AUGUCGCCGCCGUCCGAGCUCAACCAGACUUCGCCGAUCCACGAAACAUGUGAUGGCAUCGAGCUACUCCUAGCGCCCGCAGACACGGAUGAGCAGGCGUUUCAGGGCCUUGUCGUCUCGACUCGGGAUGAACAUCGUCGCUACAUCGUGCCGGAAAGCUCGUCAGUAUCCGUGUCGCCUAGGCUACCAAGCGGGAGUGAUCCACGGCGAUACAACCACAGCGUCGCAUUCGCGCCCUCGACUCGCAGCCAGAUCGAGUUUCGGUAG